AUGUCAGGAGGACCACCUAGAGUGCGGGCCAUGAACAGCAACAUAGAAACGGAAAACAAGGAACCAGAAAAGCCGGCGACGAAGAAGAAACCUGCUGACGAGAAACAACCGCCGCAAGAAACGGAGUCCAACAAGAAGAACAAGAAGAAAUGUGGGAGUGGCAAAUUCGUUGUUUUGAGACAAAAGUCCAUGAAUGCUUCCUGCUCCUCCGACGCCUCAUCGGAAUCUUCGUCGCCGCUCAGCCGCGCGUCCUCAUCGUCAUCGUCGUGGUCCAGUGGGAGAAUGGCGGUAAGAAGGAACGCGGUGGUGGUAAGGAGGAAGCAAUGUGGUGGUGGUGAGGAGAGUGAAGCAUUCGUGGGGGAUCAUCAUACUGAUAACUUUCAACUUCAAAGUACAAAAAGGUGUGCUUGGGUUACACCUGCUACUGAUACAUGCUAUGCCACUUUUCAUGAUGAAGAAUGGGGAGUCCCAGUCCAUGAUGAUAAGAAGUUGUUUGAACUGCUAAGCCUGUCAGGAGCUUUGGCUGAACUUACAUGGCCUGUCAUCCUUAACAAAAGGCAUAUAUUCAGAGAAGUCUUUUUGGAUUUUGAUCCAAUUGCUGCUUCAAAACUAAAUGAGAGAAGGAUAGCACUGCCAGGAAGCCCUGCCAGCUCCCUACUGUCAGAGCUAAAGCUUCGAUCAAUCAUUGAAAAUGCACGUCAAAUAUGCAAGGUCAUAAAUGAAUUUGGCUCAUUUGAUAAAUACAUCUGGAACUUUGUUAACCAUAAGCCCAUCAUAAGCCAAUUCCGAUAUUCCCGCCAAGUUCCAGUCAAGACUCCAAAAGCAGAGCUCAUAAGCAAAGACCUAGUAAAAAGAGGGUUUCGAAGUGUCGGUCCAACAGUUAUAUACUCAUUCAUGCAAGUGGCUGGACUAACAAAUGACCAUCUCACAAGUUGCUUCAGAUUCCAAGAGUGUACGACCAAGGGAGAAGCAAGGGUAAAGGAUGGCUUUCUCGAGGCUAAGACCAAAGUGAAAGAACUUGAGGAUUCAAUGGAUGUUGGAUUGUCUAGAGCUGUAAAUGACUAG